AUGACUCACUCAACAUCUUCACAACCUCUCACCCGCUUCCCUCAAACGAGGCAACGACUCUCAGCCGAGAAGGGCCACUGCGGUGAGGACGCAGAAAACGUCCGCACCCUGCACUGCGGCCGACUCGACUGGCCACCCCCAGACCUAGAUCCCCCGAACCCACCAAGUCCUUAUCCAGCCCUUUCCGCCCCCAUGCAGGGCUGGGCGCACAUCCCAUUCGGCGUCCUGGAGGCCGUCAAGUCCGCCAUCGAGGUCGAGGCGGCCUCGGAUUGGAUCAGCAAGCCCUUCCUCAACACCGCCCGCCUCGUCAACCACCACUGGCACGCCUGGGCGACGGGCGCGGCAUCCGCCCUCCGCCUCGCUCCCUGGAAGGUCCAUCGCGACCGCGCCGAACACGGGAUGCAGGACCUCGUCGCGAAGUUCACGGGCCUAAGGUGCCUGGUGCUGAGGGGCAGGCCGCCACCCCCGGCACUGGGGGCGACCUUUCGUUGCUGCGCGUGCUGCGCCGGCUGA